ACAUUUUCAAGUGAUGUUCUCUAUCGGAAAUACUAAAUUUAACUAAGAGUUCAUUACAGUAACCUUGACUCUACUAAGCGACGCAAACUUUCCUAACCGCUUUGCUAUCGGUAUAAAAGGACAUUGCAACUGAUGCAGCUAUCACUCAACAAGCUCACUUCAGUUGACUAACCAUGAGAGUUAGCGUGGUAGUGUUGAUCGGUCUAGCGGCGCUAGCCGCCGUCGCCGCCCGGGACAUCCGGGAGAAGCGCGACGCCGAUCUGGAACCCGCCGCCUCCCACCACGGCGGCCACUGGGACAAGGGUGGCGGCCACGAGCACCACGGGCACCACCACCACGAAGGCGGCCACGAGGAUCACAAGGGACACAAGGGCCACCACGAGCACCACCACGGCAAGCACGGUCACCACCACCACGAGGGCCACAAGGGCCACCACGGUGAACACGGCGGACACAAGAAGCACCACCAUCACGAUGACGGCUACCAUCACCACCACCAUCACGGAGAAAAGGGCGACCACGGACACGGCCACGAGGAGCACGGCCACUGGCACAAGGGCCACGACACCAAGGGACACCACGGCAUCGAGAAACACGACGAGUUCAAGAAGGACAAGCACUUCCACGACCACCACGGCCACAAGGGCCACCACGAGCACCACGGCGGACACCACCACGAGGGCGGGCACAAGAAGGGCGGCCACUUCCACAAGGGACACAAGCACGGCGGACACCACGAGCACCACCACGGCAAGAAGGGACACCAUGAGCACGGCGGUCACCAUCACCACCACAAGGGCCACCACGGCGACGGCGGCCACCACGAGCAUCACCAUGAUCAUCAUGAACAUGGCAAGAAGGGCGGUCACGAGCACCACAAGCACUGGGACCACAAAAAGGGACACUAAACCGUCCUUGCUAACCCCAAAACUGUUGUUAUUUGUUGAUUUUUUUCUAACGACUGUAAAUAUUUGUUAUGUUUAUACAAAGAUGAAAUAUAUAAGUUUUUAUUA